GACAAAUUUCAAUUGGUCCAUACGCUCACAAAUUUGUAGAUCAUGUCCAAUCAGAGGUUUGAUUCCAUUCCAUUCCUGCAGACUCGCAGAAUGCAAGAGACAUAAAUAAGUAACUCAACUAACUUCACAAUUUUGUCGGUUCGUUCAUCCCUCAGGAUAUUUACGAGUCAUAAAUCGCACACUUAAUCCAAUUUUAACACUCAUAAUAACUAAGGAUCUAUUUUAAUUUGUUUAUUUAAUAAACCAAUCCCACACUGAGAUAUUUAGUUACAAAAAUGAAUUCAACUGAUGAAAAACGAGAAGAACAAAGACUUGCCGCGGUUCAACGACAUCAAGCUGUGUACAAAAAAGCGGCAGCGGUGACCAGGAACAACGCGCGGAUUAAGCGAUUGGCCGAGUUAACUGAGAAAGCGGCACGUUUAGGGAUUUCGGAUGGGUAUCCACUUGGCAUCGGUGUUAAAGAAUUAGCUAAUCAAAAUUCUGGAGGAGAAGGUGAUUCUCGAAUGAGUUGGGCUGAUCGAAUGCAGCAGCAGCACAAUGAGGCAAAUAAUCCCCGAGUGGAAGAACAAUUGGGAAACGUCACUCAACAUGAUGGACAAAUUAGAAGCCUAGAAGUUGACCAAGGUCACGUCAAUGACAUGAUGGCAAGAGAAAGAAACAACAUUGACAUAAGAGCUCAAUUAAAGACGCUCGUCACCUUGGAAGAAAAGGUUGCAAAAUUAAUGACUAUGCCACCACCGGAUGUCGUCAUCUUGCAGAAGAACUUGAAGAAGUUGAACAAGCUCAAGACUGCUCUUUCCACCAGGAACGAUCAGACUUAUUCUUCCCAACCAAUCAUAAGGUCUUCCGAAAACCUAAGAAAUAGGGAGAUCGCCCUUCAGAACAAAAUUUCCACGCUCUUGACUACUCAACAACGUGCGUUGUCCAUUCUGGAAACUAUCGAGGAAGACACACCCCUCGUAAAACAAUGGAUCUCCAAGGCAACCAAAGUCUUCCAAAGUUUGGAGCAUCUCAUUCCCACUAUACUCGAGGAAUGGAACGAUAUUCGUGAUAAGCUCGGGAAGCUUGUGCAGCUCUGUGAAAAUUUAAAAGUUACCUGUGACCAAUCUUUAUUCCAGUCGAAUAAAAUUAAUGGCUUGAUUACCGAGCUGACGGUGGACUGGGGAACAUUGGCGGAACUGAAACAAGCUUAUUUCGCAAAGGAUAAAAAGAUUGUCUGCUCGAUUUGUUUGGUGCAAGAUGUCGACUACGUUUUGGCGUGUGGACACCCUUUUUGCGGAAACUGUGUUGAGCACAUGACAAUCUGCGCAUCGUGCCGGAAACCAAUUUAUGGAAUGACAAGAAUUUAUUGGCAAAUGUAAAUUGAUAGCUUUUAUCUUUCGAGAAAACAGGUACUUAAAUUGAUUAAAUUCAUUCAAACCAGGAAUUAACCGUAAACCUUAUCGAAGUAAAUGUUAACAUUAAUUCAAUAUUAACUUUUGCUCAAUAUAUUAUUUCAAAUAUGUAUAUACUAGCAAAUAAGCCCGUCGCAAGACGGGCCAAAGCACUUAACUAAUAACCUUACAAACAUCUCGCAAUUCGCUAAUAAAUAUGUACAUCUGUUUAACAACGUAACCUAAAAAA